UUGCAGCUCGCGCUCUCUCUCUCUCUCGUGCUUCCUGUUCCUGUUCGAGCUGGCUCGCCCUGCCCCCCUCCUUAUCCUCCUCCUCCUCCUCGGCAGCCGAUCAUUUGCUUGAUUUGCCUUUUUGAUCGAUCCGAAUCCGAUCGACGAGACCACGAUCUUCAAUAUAUUCCAUCGAGUGAGUAAUGAUGGGCCGCAGCCGCCGUCUCUGUCGUCUCUUCUUCCUCUGGCUGGCGGUGGCGCUUCUCCUGAUCAUCAGCAGCACCGCGCAUGGCCAUUCUGAAGCAGCGGCAGCCGUCAGCCAGCAGGGCGGCACGGGUGGCGUCGGGAGCAACGACAGCAUGAUGAGGAGGACCACGGUCGGGUCGCGGCCGCCGAGCUGCGCGGGGAGGUGCUGGUGGUGCGGGGGCCGCCGCUGCGUCGCCGUGCAGGUGCCCAUCACGCCGCGGGAUGACAACAAGAUCCAUCAUGUUCAUGUCCAUGGUGGUGGUGUGAGGCCAACACGAGGAGGAGGAGGAGGGGCGUCGUCGAUGUCGGCACUGCAGCGGCGGCCGGCGGUCUCCUCGUACGACGACCACUCCAACUACAAGCCGCUGAGCUGGAGAUGCAAGUGCGGAGGCAUGCAUUGAUCCGAGCGGCUAUUUCGUUCCCCGAUCGAUCGAGUUUCUUUUAAUUUCUUGGUGUGCGUGUGCUGAUGAUGAUCUUUUGGCCGGUCGACGCUCAUCGAUCGGUGGCCUCUUCGUAUUAGCUAGGGACUCGAUCCAUCAUAUCGCUAGUGAUCGAUCGAGUUCAAUGAGCAAGACUGCAUGCUUAUUAGCUAGCUAGCUAGUGUUUUAUUACUUGUUGCCUGCCUGCCUCUGCCUGCCUGGUGUUCAUUAUGUAUGUAGUACUUGAUUAGCUGAUGGCUACGAUUAAGAGUGUUCCUUUGGUAUGUAGUGUA